GUGUUCUGGGUUCUUGGGUCUGGGGUCGGAACCGGGACCCGGCAGGACCAGGAACCGGUUCCUCGGAGCCAUGGAGCCCGUGAGCCGCUGGAGCCCGGAGGAGACGGUGUCCUGGAUGAGAGGUCUGGACGACGGCCUGCAGCGCUACGUCCCCUCCUUCCAGCAGAACCGGGUGGACGGGGAGAAGCUGAUCCGGAUGAACCACCAGGACCUGCUGGGUCUGGGAGUGACCCGGGUCGGACACCAGGAACUGGUCCUGGAGGCCCUGGACCUGCUGUGUGCCCUGAACCGGGGCCUGGAGUCGGACCAGCUGCAGGUUCUGGUGGGCCGGAUGAGGACGGCGCACCACGGCCUGACCGGCGCCGUGUCCCGGCGCCGCCGGAACCCGGAGUACGGGAGCAGGAACUCCCAUCAGCCCUCCAACCAGCUGCUGACGGCCGUGGUAGAGCUGGUGGGGGCGGCCCGGGUGCUGCUGGCCUGGACGGACAGGACUCUGGCUGGUUCCGGUUCUGGUUCCGGUUCUGGUUCCGGUACCGGGGACUUCACGGCCACCAGGAGCAGAAUCAUCCAGCUGUGUCUGGAGCUCACCGCCACCGUGCAGAAGGACGGCACCGUCUACCUGAUGGAGGAGAAGAUUCUGGAAGUGUCUCAGGCGCUGAAGGGGGUCUGUGAGAAGACGGUCCAGAACUGGGACCCGGGACCAGGACCAGAGACGUCCCCCCUGGAGGAAGUCCACAUCACCGGGAUCAGGCCCGGAGAGGGACUGGGGAUCUACAUCAAGUCCAGCUACGACGGGCGGCACAUCGUCACCGGAACCACGGAGGGGUCCCCUGCAGACCAGACCGGCAGGAUCCACGCAGGAGACGAGGUGGUUCAGGUGGACCGGCAGACCGUGGUGGGCUGGCAGCUGAAGCACCUGGUCCAGGUGUUGAGGGCGGAGUCUGGAAGCGUCACCUUGUUGCUGAAGAAGAGGCCGGUGGGGGGGGCCGGAACAGGUGCAGGGGCCCCCCUGAAGAACCUGCGCUGGAGACCGCCCCUGGUGCAGACCUCCCAGGCAGGUCCAGGUCCAGGUCCAGGUCCAGGUCUCUGCAGGUCUCGGCAGCCCGAGUCCUCCGACCCCCCAGGGAGGAGAUGGGGGUCUUCCGUCCUGCACCCCCCUUCAUCUCCAGCAGGAGCACCGCACGUCCCACCGACCUCCCACCUGUCUCCAGGAGUGAAGAGACGUCCCCCCCGGCCCUCCCUGGACGUGGACGUCCCCCGCCGCUCCGCCGUCGCCCAGGACAACAGGAAGUCCUGGGGGGCCCCGGCAGAACCGGCCCGUCCAGAUCCGGUCCCACCAGAACCGGUCCCGGCCCGGCUCCCGGUCCCGGUCGCCGCCCCGGUCCCGGUCCCGGUCCGGCUCAGACAACGGUCUGCUGGACGCUGUAAGCCCCGCCCCGUCUCCAUGCCAGUGGGCGUCGUCCUGGGAGUCUCGGACCCGACCAGGACCGGCCGUGGGAGGACCGGGUCCGGUCUGCAGCGGUUCCGGAGCAGCGACCGGGUGGGGCCCGUGAAGGAGGAGGAACCGUCGUGGUUCCCGCUGCCGUACCGGGGACACCCGUCGGCCCGCGGGGUCGACCACAUCCGGGGCAGCCAGUGCUUCAUCAGCGCCGAGCUGCACGGAGGCCCCGUCCCCGGCCCGGAGGCCCCGCCCACCGGGGCCAAAGCCCCGCCCAUCGGGGCCAAAGCCCCGCCCACCGGGGCCAAGGCCCCGCCCACCAGGACCAAACCGCCCACCUCCCUGCUGGGUGGCUGGUUGGCCCGGCUCCGGCUGCUCAGUCACUGAGGGAGUGGGGGGGGUCCAGGUCCAGGUCCAGGACCAGGUCCAGGUCCAGGUCCAGGACCAGGACCAGGUCCAGGUCCAGGUGUUUUAAGUAGUUCCUGUAGCUCCUAUAAUGUAAUAAUUUCCUAUAAUGUAAUAAUUUCCUAUAAUGUAAUAUUUCCUAUAAUGUAAUAAUUUCCUAUAAUGUAAUAAUUUCCUGAAAAUGCAAUAAGAUUUGCACUUAACUCAAUCGAAAAUGUAAUAAAAUCCAAUAUUGAUGGGCCGCUCGGUGGCGCAGUGGGUUAAGCAGCGGGCCAUAUACUGAGGCUACAGUCCUCCUGCAGCGGUCGCAGGUUUGAAUCCCAGCCUGCGCACCUUUGCUGCGUGUCAUCCCUGUUCUCUCUCUACCCCUUUCCAGUCUGCAUCUCAAUAAAGGGCCACUAGAGCCCAAAAAAACCUUAAAAAAAAAAAAAAUCCAAUAUUGAUAAUAAUCCAAUAAUGUAAUAAAGUAUCCUUCCUGACUUAUAUUGUAACGUUUUUACCAAUAAUGUAAUUCCUUAUUAAAUUAUUGGGAAUUUAUUACUUUUAAGGUGGCUCUCUUUUUUCUUCUUCCAGAACUGAUAUAUGAUAAUAUUAUUAAUAUGAUUCUAAAGAUGAUUCUGAUAAUGUUAUAUUCAUGUUCAUUUUCAGUCCAGAGUUCUACAUUUUGUGUUUUAAGAAUGUUUUAUUUGAAACACCAGAAUGAAUAUUGGGUUAAAUUACAAACUUUGAGUUCCAUGUAAUAAAUUCCCAAUAACGUAAUAAGGUAUUACAUUAUUGGUAAAAACGUUAUUACAAUAUCAGUCAAUUCAAUUCAAUUUUAUUUAUAUAGCGUCUAAUACAACAAAAGUUGUCUCUAAACGUUUUCCAAAGACCCAGAACAUAAACCGUCACGAUAUUUUAUUACAUUAUUGGUAAAGUUAUUACAUUAUUGGGUUUUAUUACAUUUUCGAUUGAGUUAAGUGCAAAUUUAAUGACAUUUCCAGGCGUUAUUACAUUUUCAGGACAUUAUUACAUUUUCAGGACAUUAUUACAGGAGCUGCAUUCCUCAGGGAACCGUCCUGGAGACACUUCAGACCUGCUGAUGAAAACAUGGAGACUCUUAUUUUGAAAAGACUUAAAGCUGCAGUCUGCUGACGGGACCGGGUCUGGAUCUGGAUCUGGAUCUGGAUCUGGAUCUGGAUCUGGAUCUGGAUCUGGUCAAGAUUUAAAACUUUCAGGACCAGAUUUAAAACUUUCCUGUAUUUGAAGGGAAAGUCUGUAAAUAUUUGAUUUCUUCACUUUUAAAGAUUUUAUCUUUUAAUAUUCUAUCACUCAGGAAUCCCCGACCGUCCGCUGCUGGAGCUUUCUGGACUGAAAAAUACACUUUUAUAGUAACCUUUUGUAAAAAGUGAGUUUAGAGUUUGUAAGUUUAUAUAAAAACUAAAGUUUACAUGUAUGUGAACGUGUGUAAUUAAAUAU